GUCUGUGUGGGGACCAUGAGAUCCAGACCAAAGCUCAGAGGCCAGAGCAGCAGCACACACCAGACUCUGCUGGACCUGGACCUGAACAUGGACCUGAGCCCAGCUGUGUGUCCAUGAAGAGUGACACGUCAAAGGAUGAGCCCCUUUAUUUCAAAGAACAGCCUCCCUCUGCUGCAAAGAAAGUGGACCAGGAGAGCUCAGAGGUUCCCAGUGCUCAGUCUGCCCAGCAGCAUCAAACACACCUGGACUCCAUAUUUAUGCUGCUGGAGGAGAACAUUGUCACUUUUGUGAAGAAGGAGCUGAAGAAGAUCCAGAAGGUUGUGAGUCCAGAUUACCCAGAAUGCUCAGAGAGUCAGAGGGAGGAUGAGGAGGUGUUGGACGCUGAGGAUGAAGAGCAGAGGAGGAGCAGCGGAGAGGCUUUUGUGAAGAUCACAGUGAACUUCCUGAGGAGAAUGAAGCAGGAGGAGCUUGCUGACUGUCUGCACAGCAGACAUAUUGCUGCAGUUUGUCAACGUAAAGUUAAAUCUACUCUGAAGAAGAAGUUCCAGUGUGUGUUUGAGGGGAUCUGUAAAGCAGGAAACCCAACCCUUCUGAAUCAGAUCUACACAGAGCUCUACAUCACAGAGGGAGGGACUGGAGAGGUCAAUGAUGAACAUGAGGUCAGACAGAUUGAAACAGCAUCCAGGAAACCAGCCAGACCAGAAACAAGCAUCAGACAAGAAGACAUCUUUAAAGCCUCACCUGGAAGAGAUGGACCAAUCAGAACAGUGAUGACAAAGGGAGUGGCUGGCAUUGGGAAAACAGUCUUAACACAGAAGUUGACUCUGGACUGGGCUGAAGACAAAGUCAACCAGGACAUACACUUCACAUUUCCAUUCAUGUUCAGAGAGCUGAAUGUGCUGAAAGGGAAAAAGUUCAGCUUGGUGGAACUUGUUCAUCACUUCUUUACUGAAACCAAAGAAGCAGGACUCUGUAGGUUUGAAGAGGUCCAGGUUCUGUUCAUCUUUGACGGUCUGGAUGAGUGUCGACUUCUUCUGGACUUCCACAACACUGAGAUCCUGACUGAUGUUACAGAGUCCACCUCAGUGGAUGUGCUGCUGACAAACCUCAUCAGGGGGAAACUGCUUCCCUCUGCUCGCCUCUGGAUAACCACACGACCUGGAGCAGCCAAUCAGAUCCCUCCUGAGUGUGUUGACAUGGUGACAGAGGUCAGAGGGUUCACUGACCCACAGAAGGAGGAGUACUUCAGGAAGAGGUUCAGAGAGGAGGAGCAGGCCAGAAUCAUCAUCUCCCACAUCAAGACCUCACGAAGCCUCCACAUCAUGUGCCACAUCCCGGUCUUCUGCUGGAUCACUGCUACAGUUCUGGAGGAUGUGUUGGAAACCAGAGAGGGAGGAGGGCUGCCCAAGACCCUGACUGAGAUGUACAUCCACUUCCUGGUGGUUCAGUCCAAACUGAAGAAUGUUAAGUAUGAUGGAGGAGCUGAGACAGAUCCACACUGGAGUCCAGAGACCAGGAAGAUGAUUGAGUCUCUGGGAAAACUGGCUUUUGAGCAGCUGCAGAAAGGAAACCUGAUCUUCUAUGAAUCAGACCUGACAGAGUGUGGCAUCGAUAUCAGAGCAGCCUCAGUGUACUCAGGAGUGUUCACACAGGUCUUUAAAGAGGAGAGAGGACUGUACCAGGACAAGGUGUUCUGCUUCGUCCAUCUGAGUCUUCAGGAGUUUCUGGCUGCUCUUCAUGUCCAUCUGACCUUCAUCAACUCUGGAGUCAAUCUGCUGUCAGAAGAACAAUCAGCCUCCAACAGGUCUAAACUAUUCAGAGACAAAUGUGAUCCAACUCAGCUCUACCAGAAUGCUGUGGACAAGGCCUUAAGUCCAAAUGGACACCUGGACUUGUUUCUCCGCUUCCUCCUGGGUCUUUCACUGCAGACCAAUCAGACUCUACUACGAGGUCUGCUGACACAGACAGGAAGUGGCUCACAGACCAAUCAGCAAACAGUCCAGUACAUCAAGAAGAAGAUUGAAGAGACUCCCUCUGCAGAGCAAAGCAUCAACCUGUUCCACUGUCUGAAUGAACUGAAUGAUCGUUCUCUAGUGGAGCAGAUCCAACAGUCCCUGAGUUCAGGACGACUCUCCACAGAAAAACUGUCUGCUGCUCAAUGGUCAGCUCUGGUCUUCAUCUUACUGUCAUCAGAAAAUGAUCUGGACGUGUUUGACCUGAAGAAAUACUCUGCUUCAGAGGAGGCUCUUCUGAAGCUGCUGCCAGUUGUCAAAGCCUCUAACAAAGCUCUACUGAGCAGCUGUAACCUCUCAGAGAGAAGCUGUGAAGCUCUGUCCUCAGUUCUCAGCUCCCAGUCCUCUAGUCUGAGACACCUGGACCUGAGUAACAACAAGCUGCAGGAUUCAGGGGUAAAGCUUCUGUUUGCUGGACUGGAGAGUCCACACUGUAGACUGGAGACUCUGAGGUUGAGGGGCUGCAGGUUGUCAGAGAUCAGCUGUGCUUCUCUGACCUCCGCUCUGAAGUCCAACCCCUCCCAUCUGAGACACCUGGAGCUGAGUGACAACAGCAAGCUGCAGGAUUCAGGAGUGAAGGAUCUGUGUGGUUUUCUGCAGAGUCCAGACUGUGGACUGGAGACUCUGAGGUUGAGUUUCUGCAGGUUGUCAGAGAUCAGCUGUGCUUCUCUGGCCUCAGCUCUGAAGUCCAACCCCUCCCAUCUGAGACACCUGGACCUGAGCAAAAACAACCUGCAUGAUUCAGACCUGAAGGAUCUAUGGAGGGGGCGAUUUUUCUAA